AUGAGCUGUCGUAAAAAUUUAAGACCUCGAUAUAAGGCAUGAAUCAACUUACUCCCCCCCCCCCCUCCCUCCGUGAGCGAACAAAAAAAUUUUGUUCGCUCACGGAGGGGGGUUAAAUUUUUUUUUUUUAAAAAAAAAUUUAUAUAUAAAUUUUAUAAAAAAUAUUUUUUUCGAAAUUUAAAAAAAUCCUAAUUUGCAAAAAUUGGGAAGCAAAUAUUAAUUUAAUUUGCAAAAUUUAUGUUUUAAAACGCAAUUUGUUUAAAAUUAAACAGAAUUAGCUCUAGAUUUCAUUAUACUAAUUAUCACUUAUAUAUCAAAAUUUUUUUCCAUUAAAAAAUUUUUUCUAUUAAAAAAAUUUUUGUUCACUCACGGAGGGUGGGUUUUUGGUCAAAAAAUGGCGAUUUUUCUAAUGGUUUUGUUCGCUCACGGAGGGGGGGGGGGAGUUAGUACAGAAUAUAUUUACUUUUAUUCCAAAAAAUCUCUGGAAACAAUUUCAAAAGGCAGCAAAUGUUUAUUUCCUUAUGUUAGCAGUCUUAAACAACUUAGAGCUCAAGUGGGGUCAUUUCUUCAGUAGGAUGUAAGCCGCAGGCCAUCAUUUAAUCUCCAAAGUGAUGAUAUCACCGGUCAUUCCGACCGCAACCAUAUUUCAGGCCGAUUCAGCAAUCCUAAGCAAGCUUAACCUUCGCCUGGCCAGGAAGUCUCACAGUUCGCGCUGCACUUACUCACCUUUACUCAGCCCCUGUGCGUAUUCCGCCUAAGAUUCACGCACGGUGCGCUGAGAGGAAAAAUCUUGAGCAUCUUGAUGCGCUUGAGAGUUCCUCAGCCUUAUGACCAGAGUUAAGCUCCUGCUGCUAUUCAGAAGUUCUACAGGAAAAGCCCGACCCCAUAAGUAAAUUUCAUGAGGGAGAGAAAAUUUGCAGAGCUAAUUUCUCUCAAGCAGAAUACCAUUUUAUUGAUUUACUUAUGCUAGCAGUUUUACAAUCAAUACCGCAAGUUUCUGUUACUGGUGGAGUUCCUACAAUCCUGCUGCCGCUUGGGUUCGUUAUGGCUUUGAGUGGGUUCAAAGAUUUAAUUGAAGAUCUCAAAAGGAGAAAAUCUGACAAAAUUGAGAAUAACCGUGCUGCACAUGUGCGAAAAAAUAAUGAGUGAGGAGAGAAGAGAUGACAAGAAGUAAAAGUUGGAGAUAUUUUAAAGGUUUGCAAAGAUGAAUCAUUUCCUGCUGACUUGAUUCUGCUGUCAACUAGUGAUAGCAAAGGAGUCUGCUAUAUUGAAACAAAGAAUUUAGAUGGAGAAACAAACUUAAAGCACAAAAUUUCGUUAAAGCAAACACAGGUCUACUUUGAAGACCAUUAUAAAUUUGAUGGAUUUCAAGGAGAAGUCAAAUGCGAAGAUAAAAACCACCUGAUCUACCAGUUUAAUGGAAUUAUUACAAUACAGGGAGAAAUUUAUGCAUUGUCUAAUGAACAGUUUUUACUACGUGGCAGUUCAUUGAAAAAUACAGAAUGAAUUACUGGUGUCGUUGUUUAUACAGGUCACGAAACUAAAAUCAUGCUUAAUUCUUCAAAAACCCGCUCUAAAUUUUCUAAACUCGAAAAGCAGAUGGGAAUUCAGGUGAUUUUUGUAUUUUUUCUUCAAAUUAUACUAUGUGGGAUUAGCACUGGAUACUAUAUCUAUUGGUUUAAUAGUAAUGAAAAUGCGACGAGUUAUUAUCUUGAUCUGGAAAAUACUGAUGACAACUUGGUAGUCCAAUUUAUCUAUCAUUUUUUUAGCUGGGUCCUUAUAUUUGCAAACUUUAUUCCAAUCGCGCUAAUAGUGACUCUUGAAAUGGUCAAAUUUGUCCAAGCAAUCUUUAUUUCUUGGGAUAUAAAAAUGUACUAUGAACCUAUUGAUAUGAAAACUGGGGUGCAGAGCUCAAAUCUCAAUGAGGAUUUAGGACAAAUCAGCUAUAUUUUCUCAGAUAAAACAGGAACUUUGACAUGCAAUAUUAUGGAGUUUCGAAAAAUGUCAGUUAAUGGGAUUUCAUACGGAACUAAUGAGAAUUACUCAGGACCAAAUCCUAUUCCUCAUACAAACUUUGUUGACAGCUCUUUUAACUCAAAUGAUCAGGCAGCGCAAGAGUUUCUUAUUCAUCUUGCGAUAUGUCAUACAAUAUUAACUGUGGAAAAGGAUGGAGUUAUACAGUACAAAGCAAGCUCUCCUGAUGAGCUAGCGCUUGUAAAUGCAGCCAAGUUUUUUGGGGUGACAUUUAUGGGAAGAGACCAGGAUAAUAAUGUGCUGAUCAAUGCUAAUGGAAAAGAAGAAAAAAUAAAGAUUUUGAAUGUGCUGGAGUUCACAAGUGAUAGAAAAAGAAUGUCUGUUAUUGCGAGAAUGCCAAAUGGAAUGAUUAAAUUGCUUUGCAAAGGUGCUGACUCAAUUUUGCUACCUCGAAUUUUACAAAGUCCUGUGAUAGAAAGCACAUGAAAACACUUAGCCCAACUUUUGAGAGCGAGUAAAAUCAUUGGAAAACGGACUAUUUUUCGAAAAUUAACCCUUAAAGAGCAAGCAAAAUAAUUUAUAAUAUAUAAAAUUACUUUACAUAAAAAUUUUUAAUUAUAUAAUAAAUAACUUCUGUAAUGAGAUUUCUAACUAAUUCUAUUAGAUUUUAGUUCUUAUAAAAUAAACAAAUUUUUUCUCUGUAACGAUUUGGGAUUUUAAAGUUUAAACAAAUUAUUUAUAAAGAAAGCUUUUAAAAAAAUAAUAACACCUAAGAGCAAGCCCAAAAGUUUUGCUCUCUUUUAAAAGGAGGGAGUUAGAAGAUUACGCAAACGAUGGACUGACUCCCCCCCCCCUCCGUGAGCGAACAAAACCAUUAGAAAAAUCGCCAUUUUUUGACCAAAAACCCACCCUCCGUGAGUGAACAAAAAUUUUUUUAAUAGAAAAAAUUUUAAUGGAAAAAAAUUUUGAUAUAUAAGUGAUAAUUAGUAUAAUGAAAUCUAGAGCUAAUUCUGUUUAAUUUUAAAACAAAUUGCGUUUUUAAAACAUAAAUUUUGCAAAUUAAAUUAAUAUUUGCUUCCCAAUUUUUGCAAAUUAGGAUUUUUUUAAAUUUCGAAAAAAUAUAUUUUUUAUAAAAUUUAUAUAUAAAAUUUUUUUUUAAAAAAAAAAAUUAACCCCCCUCCGUGAGCGAACAAAAUUUUUUUUGUUCGCUCACGGAGGGGGGGGAGUGAGGACUUUAUUGAUUUCCUCAAGAACACUUGGAGAGGAGGAGUACCAUGAGUGAAACUUUAAGUUCCAAGAAGCAAUGCGUGAUGUUCUCAACCGUGAAAAGCGGGUUUUCGAAGUUGGAGAAUUAAUAGAAAGCAAACUGACUUUGCUUGGAGCCACUGCAAUCGAAGACAAAUUGCAAGACAAAGUUCCAGAAGCUAUUCAAUGCCUAAGAGAAUCAGGAAUCAAAGUCUGGGUUUUGACAGGAGACAAAAUGGAAACAGCAAUAAACAUAGGCUUUUCCUGCAGCCUUUUAUCAAGUGAAAUGGCCAGAAUUGUCAUUUCGGCCAUUCAUACAGAAGAUGUAAAAGACGAAAUAAAUAAAGCUAUAUUGCUAGUUAAAGCGCAUUCUUCAACAGAAUUCGCACUGGUAAUCACAGGUGAAGCUCUAUUGAAAGCAAUGAGAAAAGAGUUUGUUCCAGACUUAUUAUUAAUUGUUGAAAAAUGCCAGGUAGUUCUUGCAUGCAGGGUCAGCCCACAGCAAAAAGCUGACAUCGUAAAGCUGAUAAAAGAUAAUAAGCCAGGUGUUAGAACCCUUUCCAUUGGUGAUGGAGCAAAUGAUGUAAAUAUGAUAAAUGCUGCUCAUGUUGGGAUAGGAAUUUCAGGGCUUGAAGGCCAGCAGGCUGUUAGAGCUUCUGAUUAUUCAAUUGCACAGUUUUCUUAUUUAAAAAGACUGAUCCUUGCCCAUGGCAGAGAAUGCUAUAGGAAAAAUGCAACGCUUGUGUGCUAUAAUUUCUAUAAAAAUGCUUUGGUUAUCCUACCUUUAUUUUUCUAUGGUAUUUUCAGUGCUUUCUCUGCGCAGGCGUUUUAUAACUUUUGGACAUACUCCAUGUAUAAUAAAGUCUUCACAUCGCUUCCUAUAUGUCUGUAUGCGGUGUUUGAUAGAGAAAUGGACUAUGAAGUUUUGCAAUCAAGUCCUUCUUAUUAUAGACCAGGGCUAAAUAAUGAGCUAUUCAAUAUGAAACUUUUCUGGCUUUGAAUGCUAGAAGCAAUAUACCAAAGCGUGAUUAUCCUGAUAAUCAGCCUUUAUUCUCUUUGUGCUGUUUCAGGACAGCAAGAUACAGGGCUCAUGGACAACAUGUGAGUAGCUUCUACACUUGUGUAUGGCUUGAUUGUGAUCGUAGUGAAUAUCAAAAUAUGCAUGCUCAGCUAUCAACAGUUUUGGUUUUCUUGGGUCGCAGUCACAAUUAGCAUUGCCAGCUAUUUCGCGACUACGAAAAUCUUAUUGGAAAUAGUUCCAAUGAAAUCUUGACUUGAUAAUUAUGAUAGCAGAGGAGCGUUUACAGAAAUGAUGACCAAUCCAAAUUCUUAUGUUUCAUCUAUAGUCAUAAUAUAUGCAAGCUUAUUUUUAGGGCCAGUUAUCAGAAAUUGUAGAGAGCUAAUUAAAACAAAACGCGAAAAAACACAGCGAGCUGUUAUAGACUCCAGCGUAGGAUUUAAGUCCUCACCUGGCUUGGAUGAGGAAGCCCAAGACAUUGUUCCUGACCUUCCUCCAGACGAAUUUGAAGCAGCCCAACAAACUUUAUAUCACUUCACUAGGAAGCAUACUGGCUUUGCAUUCAGCAGUGAAGGAGUUCUUACCAUGGAUCCUAACUUCUAUAGUAAAUAA